AUGGAGAGGGUUAGUCUUUUUUUCAAAUUUUAUUUUGAAAAAAUACCAUAGUCGUUAGUGAAACGGAUUCAUGCAUAACGUAACGGUUACGUAGUUUUGAACAAUAUUUAUUUUCGGACCAGUUUUCUCUUUUCAGCUUUCCUUUUAAACGUCAUAAUAAACGCACUAAAAUUUCGAUAAACUCCUUUAAUUUUUUUUUCAAGUUUUUUUUUAAAACUCCCAGUGGUCCUUCUUCUGAAACUACUAACGUUUAUUAACCUUUCCAUCAAUUAAAUUAACUUAUUAACUGGAACGUUUCAGAAAAACGAGUCAUCGGUUCGGGAUAAGCCGAUGACGGCUCCGCAGCUCGUCUCUUCCUGCAUCAAGUCAUUCGGUAUGAAUAUUCAUCCCUUUUUUCACUCGUUUUCCUUUCAUAAUCCCUUCUUUUCCUGUAGUAUGAACUCAAUAAUAGAGCCUACGCACUCGUACGUCACGGUUCCCGUUCUCAGAGCCCUCGAAAAAGCAAUAUCCGUAGCACUUCCAUUUUUUUUCGAGAAAAUCAAACAAAAACAAAGAAAAAUUCCAUCGAUGGCCAUAAAACGUAAACAUGCGCAUGUGAUGUUUUAAUGGGUGUGAAUUCGUUUUGUCCCGACUUCCCAUCAAAUUUGCGUUGAAAUCAGCGAGUUGCGGGAAUUGUAUGUGAAAUGCGAAGGCGAAAACUCCUUUGUUCGAAAGAAUUGCGAGAAAAAAGUAUUUUUGUAUCACGGUGAGACUAACAUCGCGUGUCUUACGCAGACUAAAUGCACAGGACGCAUUUUUAAAACACGCGACUUUUUCUUUUUAUAAUUAUUUUUUUAGAUAAACUCAUUUUUUCAACUAAAUGCCAACAUGCUUUUCAGAAAGAAGCGAAAAGCAGCUCGAUGAAGAAUUUUCGCACUCGCUUUUCAUGUCACACCAAUGGCUUCUCGACAGUUUGCAGUUCAUCACUCAAUUCGUCAAUUAUUUUCAGGUUUUUCUCUUUCUUUUUUCUGUUGGAGAUGUGGGAGUUUCUAUUUUCGGACUCUGGCAGCUGAUGAUAUGCGUGCGUAAUAAAUGGUUGCGUCCGCGUGAGCUUUAUAUACACGGAUAUUAAAACCUUGCGAAAAUUGCCGGUUUCCGAGCUAGGAAUCUUCUCUUUGAUAAUAAUAUGUUUGCGAGGCGCUUUUGAGACAAGUUUAGUUGUUUCUGGCGAACGUCUAGGAGUUAUAGGCGGAAAGAAUAGAAAGGAAAAUGUUUUGAAAAAGAGCUUCUUAAAAACCAAAUGAAAUUGGUUCUUCGAAAUUUAUAUUUUUUAGAGCUGAGGAAACUAUUAACUGAAUUGAAAGUGUUAGAGUUCAUAAUAAUUUUUUUAAGCAAUCGUAAUCUUUAAUUCAUAAUCUCUGUUUCUUUAUGAAAACCGUUAUUUAAAAAAAUAUCUUUUUUUCAUGCAAAAAAAUUGAUUUUUUUAUGUUGAGAACUUCGAAAGAUGAUAAUCCGCUUCAAAAACGAAUUAAAUUUUUUUCGACGUCGAAGCCAUUUUUUUGGGCUUUUUUUGAUCUUCCACCUGGCAAAUCUUUUUCCUUCACUGGAAAUUUUUUUGGAUAUUUAUUUGUUUAUUAAUGGCUGUAUUGAGGUUCAAAAAAAGAGAAUUUAUUUUUCCUAGCUUGGAAUUUUAUUGAAGCCGUAUUUAGGGAAGUUAUUUUCAAUAUUUGUUCAUUUUUUUCAAAUCUCAGCAUUUUUUUGAAGGUAAAAUUUCAUUAAUUGAAUAAAAAAACAACUUGAUAUCUCCCGAAGUACACUAAAGUGGCAAAAAAAUGAAGAUUUUACUUGAACUUUUUUUCAAAAAAAUUUCCAAGAAACUGCGGAAUAUUUUAGUUCAUUUUUUUGAAGGGGCCCACUUGAGCCUAAUUUAGAUAUUAUUCCUGUUUCUAGGCUUGAUUAAAAAUUUUUAUACUUCAUGAAAAAGUGUUCAAAAUCGUUUUUUGCCAUAUGACAUGGAAAUUGAAGUAAAAUUGAUGCAAAAAGCCCAAUUUUUAUCGAAAUUAAUUUGUUUUCAUAGGUUGGUUUCUUCCAAAUUUUUUUGGGACGUCAUUAAAAUUGUUAAAGUUUCAUUUUCAGCCAAAAAUGAGUAUAACUUGACCCAUUUCCUAAUUUUUUUAACGGAAAGGGGCUGUAAAAAAAUUAAGCCGAAGGUAUUUUUUUAAUAUUUAACGAGAUGAAUGCAGUUGGAGAAGAAUGAAGAUUUUUCCGAACAAAAUUUUUUUAAUUUUUCUAAUAUUGGCGGAUCAGAGGGCGAUCCAUGUUCAGAACUUUCAAUCAAUACUAUUUUUGGGUAUUUUUUUCUUAUUCUUCAAAUUUUCUGUCUUCCAUUUUACAUAUCCAUAGGCAAAGUCGGGAAGGGUAAAAAAAGGUUUUAUAGAAAUGUUCCUUUUAGGGUGAUAAAGGCUCUUUUUUGCUGCCUUUUUGCGCCAAUUCAAAGGCUUUUACGCACCAUUUUUGCUGCCUCUUCCUUUUUCCACCAUUCUGAGCCUUUGAAAUCCCAGAAGAAAAAAAAUGCAAGGCUCGAUAAAGGGACCUUUUUGCUUCCUCUCUGAUGCCUUUUUCUGCUGCCUUUUUUGAGCUUCUCCCGUUUAACGGUCAUUAUCCACCAUUCCGACUUUGCCCGAGGCUUCAAAACGGAGCAGCUUUCGGUUUCGAAAGUUGACGGAUCAGAAGGCUAUCCAUAGCAAGAAUUUUCAAUAAAUUAUUUUUUAUGACUUCUUUUACUUAAGUUUUCUGGCUCCCAUUUUUCAAAUAAAGUCCCUAAACUUUGAAAAAAAGGGCUUUUCAUCCAAUUUUCGUUCAGGAGACCCGCGACACGGAAGUCCGGGAGGCGAUCUGCACGGCGGUGACUUACUGGAUCCAGCACUUCCCGAUGCACUUCGACGCCCAGCCGCAGGUCUGCGCCCAGGUCGUCCUGCUGCGGACCAUCUCCGACGGCGUCGUCGACGAGUCCAAACGGGAAUCCCUCGACGUGAGCAACCUGCCCUCGUACGCCUGGCUGAGGUCCGUCUCCGUGAGGAAUCCCGUCGCUCGGCAGGUCUCCCUCUCCUUCGAACAAUCCUCUCCCGUCGACAUCUCCACCUCCCUCUCCCACAUCGACUACCGCGUCUUGAGCCGCAUCUCGGUCCGAGUUUCUCGAUUUUUGUCCAAGUUUAGGCUUGAAAAAUGUGUUUUUGUGGGGCUUGAAUCGCACUAUGGUGAUGGUUUGCAGCUAUUGAAGACUUCAGCUUCAGAAGAAAUCUCAAAAAAGUCUUUUUUUGGCGAAAAAAGUUACCUCGAAGAAAAGGUCCGAGUUUCUGUCUUCUUUUCGGAGUUUUUGGCUCACAUAUGCGUCGAUCUUGGCUUAAAACGCCUUAACGCUGCCAUUUUCAGCUUUGAAAGAAGCAUGAAAACCAUCUUUUAACUUGAAAAAGUAUCUCCUGCAAAAAACAGAGUCUUUUGUACUUUCCAGUCAUUUUCCGGCUUUUUGAGCUUCCACUGAGAAGAAAUCUAACCCAUUACGGUCCAGUUUUCGACCUUUUUCAAAGUUUUAGUCUUAUAAAUUGCUUUUAUCCUGACUUGGAACGCUUUGGAGCUGCAAUUGGCGGCUCUGAAAAAUUUUAGUUUCAGAAAAAAAAAGUUGUUUUUGGCCCACAAAGUGCUUUGAUAAUAACUAGGAAAGUCCUGGUGCAGCGAUUUGCAAUUCUUCAAGAUUUCAGUUUCAGCAAAAGGACAAAAAAGCGACUCAAAGCAGUAGGUCGAUAUAGAUUUUUCAAAAAAUGUGAAAACUGUCAACUAAAAAAAAUCUAGGUCCGAUUCCUAGUUCAUCUUUGAUUUUUAAUCUUCAGUUCUUUAUUAAAUCCGGCAUUAUUAUUUGAUUUGCUAAAAUGUAUGCAUUCAUGAUAUAUUAUUCAAAAAUAUGUUAAUCCGCUUUGAAAAAGUUUGCAAAGGAUUUAUCUUUUUUUGGCCUCGAAGCCAUUUUUGGGCGUUUUGAUCUUCUAUUAAAUCCAUUGAAACUCGAUUUUUCUUUUUUGGAAGUUAGGAGCUUUCAAAAAGACAGUUAUAUCAAUAUGGAAAAAAACAAGGUUGAUGACGCCAAAAAGCUUGAAGGUUUUUUUCCUAUAUGCAAACUAAUUUUAAAAAAAUGAUAUAAUCGAAUAUAGACCUCAUAACGUUUUGAAUGAUGAUAGGGAAACUUGUUUUAUUAUUUUGGACCUUACCUUGCUAUCGAGGUUUACAGAAAAGAUUCAAAUUACGCACUUUUGAGAGGUGGAGGCCUCUUCACGACCGCGACGCGUCAAAACUGCUUGAUAUAACACAAAUACAUUCAAAUCUUGACGGCCACGGUCGAGAAAAAUUCAAAAAAGAGAUUGAACAUUAUCCAAAAAUGGCAGGACUCCGGUAAUCGGACGUAUCUGAACAUUUCUAGUGACCCCUUUAGUGUCAUCAGCACUCUUAAGUGACCCCUAGAGUUGCUCAGAAACGUCCGGAAUGUUCGGUUUUUGUGGACGGUUCGAGAAUCGAAAAGAUAGAAUAACUGCUGAUCUCUAUAUAACAUGAUUAUUUAUAAAAAUUUGAAAACAGCACGAUGUGAUAAAAGGAAAUUCUGAUUGUUCGCUUCAAAAUUUGGUUGUAUAUACUACUUUCGAAAAUCCCGGAAAGUAACUUUCAAUCAAAUUAUGGACUCGAAGUUUUCACGGAUUUUAUUUUGAAUAGUAUAUACAAGAUUGAAUUUUUUUAUCAAUUUUUUUACUUCGAGAUAUUAAUGUUUCCCUCAUAUUUACGUCACAUUUUUGACUAUGAAUAGUUUUCAAAAAAAAAACCGUGACCUGUAAGUCUUACGUUUCCGAUAACUUAUAUUUAAAUUUAUCAAAAUAUUUUCAACAAUACUUCCCUCCUUCAUAAAUAUUAUCAUUUAACAAAGAAAUACAUUUUUUUCAGAUAACCGAACUGAAACAGUACGUCAAGGAGGGCAACUUGCGCAGCUGCCCGAUGUUGGAGCGCAGUAUUUCCGUUUUCAACGUAGGUUUCUGGAUGUUCAAGAGUCCAAAUCAAAUCUUUAUCUCCUCUCGUCUCGAUCAAAAAUUGUCUCGUUUUUUUCGAGAAGGUCUUAAAUCUGUCUCAAUCUCGUCUCGUGCAAUCCCUGGUCUAAAUAUAACUGUAAAGGACUUUGAAAGGGAAACGGAAGUUUUUCCAAGCUCCCUUCUUCAUCUUUUCGAAUAAAAGCCUUAUUCUUCUCUGCUUGGAAAGGAUCUUUCCCAUAAAAAAUCUUGAAAAGGGAAUAAAACGAGUGGUCACUUUACUACUGGGUAUUUCCUGAAUUUUGGCGAGAAUAUGCCUUGAUAUACUAGAAAAAGAUUCUGAAAGCCGCAACCUCCAAAAAUUCUUGAUUUUUGAGAAGCAAGGGCUCGAUGCCAUAAUAAAAUGGCCGAUUUUCACGAAUUUUGAGGGUUUUUUUUUGACUUUGAAGAGUUCUUUCUUGAAAACUAAGACUUUUUAAAAGUUUGAGUCUUCAGAAUCUCUUCCUGUACAUCAAGCAGUUUUCUGACCAAUUUCUAUAAAGUUCCCAACCGCAAAGUAGAAAGACCUUCCUUAAAGGUGUCAGUCUUCUUUUUUCUAAAGUUCCGGACUUUUCUCGUAUUCAAGAGUUCAAGAUAACAGAAUAAAUCAAGAAAAAAGAGUGAGUCACCCCGAGAAAAGGUUGUUUUGCGUCUACACUUUUUUCUGCCUGAAUUCGUGUAAUUAUCAGUCAUGACGUCUGUGACUGUUAUUCCAGACUUGUCUUACGUAGAUCUUCAAAAAGGGUAUUUUUGGACGUUUUUUUUUGAGGAGUUGACUCAUAGGGUUACUGUGAUGCUUGAUGAAAAGUUCACUUCGAGUCUUAAAAUUAGAAAAAAAGCUCCAGAAUAAAAAGGCUGACUCACUUGUAGAUCAGAAUUUUCUGAUUGUUAGUAGAGUUGAAAAAAAGUCGGAAACUUCCAGCCUUUUUUUAGAAAAAAAAGCAAAAAAAAUAAAGCCUUUUUUUGGAAAUUGAUGAGGUUUUUCGAUAAAAGGCGCAAAACGAAGCCUGGGGGGUUUAGGAAAAAAAGUCGAAAAAUUCCCAAUUAAAGUCGUCGUUGUCUUCUGAAGAUCGAAAAUCAAAAAUGGAGUCUGCUGGAAAACUGGGGAAAGUUAUUUUUAACGGAUGAUUCGUCAUCUUCAUAAAAAGGCAAAAAUCUUCCAAAAGCUUGUUUUUUGGCCCUUUUGGACUUUGUCCGUGUAAUUCAGGCAGCUGAUCUUUUUUCCCUCUUAAUUUUCGGUUCUGACCUUUGAGAGUCUUUCCAAAAGACAUAUGAAUAAAAGUUGAAACUCUUUAAAAAAGCCUUAUGAUUCAUUUCAGAACCUGUCCAACUGGGUCCAGUGCAUGAUUUUGAGCAAAGCGACGCCGAAAGAACGGUCCGAAGUACUGACCAAGUUCGUCCAUGUCGCCAAGGUUCAUCUCCUUGAAGAUUAGAAGAUGAAUUUGUCUUCAGCACUUGCGGAAGAUGAACAAUUUCAACACGCUGAUGUCGGUGGUCGGCGGCGUCAGCCACAGCACCAUCUCCAGACUUCUUAAAACUCACGCCCUUUUGUCGAAUGACAUCAAGAAGGUCGGGUUAUUCAAAAAAUCAGUGGAUAACACUCUUUUUUCAAACUCCAGAGUCCAUACAGGAAUUAAGGAAAGAACAGGCACUAUAGGGGACAAAAAAGUGCUCCCUAAAGGGGUAAAUCUAGGUAAUCCAGGUUGUCCCUCUAGGGGUUUGAUGUCUGACUUCUUAGCCUCAAAAGGUCAAUUUGUUCCACUCUUAGGAACUCCAGAGGUCCCUGGAGGGGUUGGAAAACUAAGCAGCCACUAUAGGGGACGAAAAGUGCUCCCUAGAGGGGUAAAAUCUAUGGGGUCCCUAUAGGGGUUUGAGGUCCGAACCAAUCGACCAAAUUUCUCUUCAAGACCUUUGUUUUUUUGUUGUCUUUUUCGCAGUUCUAUAGAGAAAACGCGCGAAGAACGCUGUGGUUACAUUUUUUUCUGAUGUGCUUUUAAAAUUUUCCGCGCUUAACACUAAAAAAAACCCUUUGAAGUGUGAUUUUUUUUUAGAUAGAUGAUCAAGUUUUUCUUCUAUUUUUUUUAAUGAAUUUUCCAUAAUUUUUGCUUUUUUGAGGUCUUUUUUGCUGCUUCAAACUCACAGAGCAUAUUUAAAAUCGUGGAAUUAUUCAAAAGUAUUAAAAAAACGUGAAAUUUGAAAAAAAAAAAUUGAAAAAAAACAUCGUAAGCUCAAAUUUGUCAGCAAAAAUGCUUGAGUCAAUGAAACCAAAAAUGCUUGAAUCAAUGAAACCGCAAUUUCAAAGUGAAAUCUUUGUUUAAUCUUCAAAAAAAAACGUUAACUAUGUUUUUUUCAGGAUCUGAACCAACUGACGUGUCUUCUCUCCACUCAACACAACUUUAGCGAAUAUCGAAAAUGUCUGGAAUCUUUGGGCGGCAAAUUUUGCAUUCCCAUCAUGUUCGUUUAGAAUUGAUUUCAUACCAAAGUAAAAAAAUACUAAUUUAAAAGGUAUUUCGCAAAUUUUCGCUGUUUUUUGAGUCGAAGUUUUACUUUAUACUCAUUUAUCCUCCGAUUUCCAUUUUUCUGAUGCUUUAAAAAGUCACUUUACAGUUUUGAAAAAUUUAUUUUUAAAUGGGACAGAGCUUCGAUAAGAUUGAUCAAGUACCGCGUAAAGAUUUUUGAAAAAACAAAAGUUUAUUAACUAUUUUUUUGGCUAUUGUACAAAAAAAUUUGAAGCAUUUUUUUGAAAAAGUCGGUCGGUUUUUAAAGAUAGUUUUUAAAUCGAAGCUUUUUUUGAAAAUUAUCAAGGUUUUAAUGGUUUCAAUUUUUUUGUUUAUGUUUAUAAUUUAUGUUUAUAUUUAUAAUUUAUUUGAAUAGUUUAUGACAUAAUUUUCCCAAAAAAAUUAUGACUAAACUUUCUUAAAAUUCUUUUUUUCCUGCAUUUUUUUCUAUUUUUUUCGCCGAAAAAAAUGCUUUCAAAUUAUAUAAAAAAACUAUUUUACACAAACUUAUUUCAAUUUAAGAUUGCAUAAAAAAACUUGACGAUUAAGUCAAAAAAACCAUUUUUUUACAGCCGAUAUUUGAUUUUUUUAAAAUUUUCAAACGAACGAAAAUUGAGAACUCUACACUUUUUAGAGACGCAAAAAAAUUUGAAACUGGAAAAAAAUUUCAAAAAUUCAAAAAACCGACCGAACCAACUGAAUUUUCCAGUUAAACAAAACGAUUUUUUUCAUAUAUUUUCUACUCUUUUAUAAAACAUUUUUUGUUGGCUAAUAUACAGAGUUUUAAUUUCCAGGGGCGUUCAUUUGAAAGAUUUGGUAGCGGCUCACUGUGCGGGUAUCGAUUUCGACAAAACCAAGACCAUUACUAGGAAAAGGUGCGUUUAAACCGACCGAACAGAAAAGGAGAUUCAAAUUUCUAGUAGUUUCGCGUUGCAAGUACAUAGUCCGUUCGCCACUACUUGAAAGAUUUCUCUGCGCCCUCUUUCUCUCUAGGCGACACUCUCCCGUUCGCGUGCUGUUUCCAUGUUUCUCUCAACUCGCCGGUGAGGGAACAGAGAGACGCAGACAGGCAGAAAGUUUCAAGUCGCCGCGAGAAGGAUAUAUAGCUGAUUCACGGCUGGCUUUGAAAAAAGGGUCCUUACACGAUAAUAAGAAGAUAGUGCCUGGUUUGUGGAGAGCCCAGACAGACCACGCCUUCUCAACGUCUCAAGUUAUAUAGACGAUUCACGGCUAGCUUGGGACGCAAAAAGGCGUGGCCUGUCUGCACUCUCCACCAACCAGGGCACUGUCUCGUCUCUUUUCGUGGCAGGACCCUUUUCUUGAUGGCUCAAGCCAGCCGUGAAUAAGCUAUACAAAUGAAAUUUCAUUAUUUGAUUUUUGUAUGUCGGGAUAGAGAAAGAUUGACACAGUAAAGAAACUGGAUAAAUAAGACCUUUUAAAAUCCGGCUGAAACAGUUUUCAAGAGAUUUUCGAUUUUCACUGAAAUUUGUUUUCAGAGUGAUAAAACUGGCUCAACUUUUAUCGAAUUUUUUGGUUUUUAACCAACGACAUCAUCAGUUUCCCGACCCGAACGUCGAUCUGAUCAAUACUCUCAAGGUUUCUUUUUGGGGGGAUAUGAAUAACAAGAGAUGCUUUUUUUGAAGUGGAAACAUAAAUUUUUAAAUUUUUUUAUUUAAGUGAAAAAGUAUUUCUUACCACUGGAGAGAAAGAUGAAGAGGGAUAGGGAUUUACUGAAAAAAAUUAAAAAAAUUUUGCUGGGUUUUUCGAAAAAAAUUUGAAGUUAUAUGGCUUGUAGUGACAAAAAAAUUUCUGGAAAAAAAGUUUUUUUAAAAUUUUUUUAGUUCAAACUUGUAAAUAACGGUCUCUACUGUAUUUGAGGCAACAAAUAAGGAAAGAAUGUCUGAACCUCUCCUUUUUUGAUGGUACGACAAAAUCUCAAGUCCGCAAAUCUCGAGGACCGUAAUCUUGUGUACGCAGAUCUAAAGUCCCAUAAUCUUGGAAACCAAAAUCUUGGAGACCAAAAUCUUGGAGACCACAAUCUUGGAAAGUAAAAAUCAACGCUUUUGCGAAUAGAUUUUUAUCAGAAAUUAUAUUCGGUGAUUCAAACAAGUGAAUAUAAGUAGAUAAAGUGCAAUGAAGAAAACUAAAAAGAAAGAUUUUUGCUUUCCAAGAUUUUGGUUUCCAAGAUUAUGGGACUUUAGAUCUGCGUACACAAGAUUACGGUCCUCGAGAUUUGCGGACUUGAGGUUUUGUCGUACCAUCUCUUUUUUCGCACUAUUUCGUUAAUAACAUCCUUUUUUCGUCCGUCUUCUCAAGCUGAAUAAACUGGAGCCAGUUCUUCUUGAGACUUUUUUCAGUCAAAAUUACUGAAUUUCUCUUAUAAAAAAUAAUUUUUUUCAACUUUGAGAACCUUUUUCAAAAAAAUAGUUAAAAAAUUGGAUCAAAUGGAUCAAAUUGAUUAAAUUUAGGUCUCCUUGGACAUUCGAUACAAUGAAAACGACAUUUAUGAACUAUCUUUGCGACGGGAACCCAAGACUUUUAUGAACGUUGGUUUUUUAAAAUUUCGAUUUUAAGUUUUCAGGGAUGAGCUAUAGAAAACAUAGAAAAAUUUGUAAAAAAAUGGCUGAUUUUUUUAAAGUUUCAACUACAUUUCCAAGAAUAUCAUGCUUUUUUUGAUUUUUUUAUAGCUGCCUAGUAAUAAUUCUACACGAAAAUGAUAAAACAUCGAACAGAAGCUUGUCACUUUUUUUCAAAAUUUUUCAAGUCAACUGUUAAAAUUCAAAAAAAUAAAAUAUAUAUUUGAAUUCAGUUCGAAACCACCUCGAAAGGAGUCGUUUUCGCAGAAUGGGCCUCCGGAGUUUCUGUGAUUCCAGAUUCGGCUACCGUAUCCAAACACAUCUCGGCAAUGGUCGACGCGGUCGGUUUUUGUUAGUGGAUAGCGGGAUAUUAAAGGCGCAUGUUCAAUUGGUCAUGAGACGAAUCGAUUUCUCAUCUUGAAAAAACGCAGUUUUUCGGUUUCUCUUUUUUUUUAAAGCACAUGCUGUGUUCAAAAAAAUUUCGCGUAGUUCAAAAUAAGCGCCCAGAGAAUAAGAAAGAAAAGUCGUCAAAAAAGGCCGAGUCAAGGCUAAAAAUUCGAUUUGAACCGUAACAUUACGGUUACACGGCGUUAGUAAAUUACUGCAUUAUUCUUAUUUUCAAUGCAAUUCGAACUCUACUAUGAAUAGUGCUGAUAAAUCUUGCGCGAUUUUUGUUUUUUUUAAAGGAGCAUGAACGGAAUAGAUAAGGGUCUCGCAGCGAAAAGUCUGUUUUUUUAGGUUUGAAAAUAAUUCAAUAUUCAUGUCUUUAAGAAAAACAGCAAACUAAUUUCAUUGUUACUGUCAAAUAAUAUAGCCGAUUCCCGACUCCAAAGGGACGUGGCGUGUCUGCGCUCUCCAACAAUCAGGCGCUAUCUCUUUUAUUAUCUUGUCAGGACCCUUUUUUUCGAUGGGCUCAAGACAGCCGUGCAUCAGCUGUAUUAGAGACUGAAAAAAACGAUCUGUCUUGAAUUUUAUUCAUUCAAAAAAAUUAGUGAAACUUGAUUAUUUUUUUCCAGGAUUAUCGAAAAUUCCACUUUAAAGAAAAAAAUCAUUGAAAAUAAUUUUUUUAGAUAGCAGAUUUCUGAAAAAAACUCUUCAAAUCUUUGAGAAAACAUGCUUUCAAUCACGUUUUUAAAAAUUUUCUCAAAGUUGACUUAAAGCCAAAUUUAGUGUACGUCUCAAGAAACCGAAGGUUCUUAAAAUUCACCGAUUUCAUCGCAAUUUCACUAUCAAGAUGUAAUUCCAGGUCUUCAAACACUACGACCACGACCGCGACGGCUACAUCUCCCAGGCGGAAUUCAGACAAAUUGCCGGCAAUUUUCCGUUCAUCGACGCGUUCGUCGACAUCGACUCGGACCACGACGGACAAAUCUCCAAGGAGGAGCUCAAGGCCUACUUCAUGCACGCCAACAAGGAUUCCCUCGCCCUGCGUCGCGGCUUCAAACACAACUUCCACGAGACGACUUUCCUCGCCCCGACCACCUGUAGUCAUUGCUCGAAAUUGGUGAGGGGGAUCUACUUUUUUGAAACGAUUGUGCUGUAUUCAUUUCAAACAAGUCUGACUCUGUUUUUCGCGAUUAGAGAUUGCUCUUUUUCUCUGCGCACUCACUGUCUCCAGGCGACCCUCUCUUGUUGAAGCGCUAUUUUCAAGCUGUUCUGAUCUACAUUUUGGUAUUUCUGUUUGCAAUUCAUCAACAACAAGCUUUUAUAGUCCGUUUCUUGCGACUUGAAAGGCCGGGACUUCUCUGCGCUCUCCUCGUCUCUAGGCCACCCUCUCUUGUUGACGCACUAUUUUCAAGUUUCUCUGACCUCCCCGGUGAGGGAACAGAGAGACGCAAACACUCGAAAACUGCAAAGUCGCGGCGAAUGGACUAUAACAGAGAAUCAACUGAAUAGAAAAAUAAUUUUGAAAAUCGGACAGAAAUCCUUCUUCUCUGAGCUUGAAGGAAAUGAGCAGAAUUUUCGAACUUUUGGCAAUCCCUUUUACAAAUAUUGAGUUGUCAAAAGAAAAAAAUCGCUUCGAAAAAGGAAAAAUUAAUUUUUAUAUUCCGGUUUUCAUCAAUCCUAUAAAGAUGAAAAAGUUCUACUUUCUUUUUAAUUCGUUUUGUUUUUUUAUUUCAAAAAGGCAUCAAUUUGAAAAAAUGUUUAUUUUUUUUUGGUUUUUCUUGGCUGUGAAAUCGAAAAAAAGUUUUUCUACAGUAUAAUUUUUUUCUCAAACUUGUUUUGGAGUAUUGAAUCGAUUAUUCAUAAAGUGAAAUUGUGAGAUAGAGGGAAAAUAAAAAUAACCCUCAAGCUCAAAAAAAUUUCAGAGUGAAAAAAGAGAAUUUUAAUGGGAAAAAAAUCAAGGUUUUUGGAUUGGAUAAAAAUUAAAAUAUAGCUCUCAAUUUUUGUUGUGGAGUUCUUUUUCGAGGUCUCCUCUCUAAAACACUCAACUUUCCAUUUCAGCUCUGGGGAAUCCUCCGUCAAGGCUUUAAAUGUAAAGAUUGUGGAUUGGCUGUUCAUAACUCCUGCAAAGCCAACGCCGUGGCCGAGUGUAGAAGGUUUUGAAAAAGUCUCCAGAAUUCGGAAGAAAAAACGUAUAUUUUGAAGGAAAAGCAGCGGUGGACUGACGCGUGCUGCAGAAUGGCUCGCUUCUCCGCGGGGCAGCGUCCGGAACAAGUUGUUCUCCACCUGCAAGUCAGUAGAACUCUUUAUGGGUAGGGAGCGCGAAGCCCCACCUCUUCACGUCACCAAAAUGACGAUUUUUUUUGUUGCAAAAACGGUUUUGAGGCGUUUCUACUAACUAAAGUUACACCUUAAAAAUAAACUGUUUCUGAUAACCUAUGUAAUCGACAACGCUCUACAAGAUGAAUAUCUUUGAAGCUAUGUAUUUUUCAUAAAAAAAGUGAAAAAGUAAGAUUUAACUCGAAAAAAACUGACAAGUUUCACAAAACCGUCGCGUUUCAGAAAUGCAAGUGAGGAACGCUUCUAAAUUUUGAGUAUUAUGGGAUUAAUAGCAAUUUCUUUAAAUAUCGGUUCUGACCCUAAAGUAUUCACUAUGAUCAGAAUUUUUCAUGAAAAUCAUGGAAAUUGAAUAGAUUGAAUGCAGAAAAAUUUGUGAAAAAAAAGAUAAAUAGACCAAUAACUUGUUCAAGUACUUCGGAUGAUGACUUUACCGAAGUUUGGAAACAAGUAUGUUCCAAGUAGAAAUCUUUUUGAAGUUAAAUUAUUCGAUUAAUGAUUUUGAUAACAGUUUUUCCCUAUAUUAGGGCAAAAUUUCAAAAUUAGGACCAAAAAUAAAUGAAGAACUGAAUAAUGACAUGAACUGUUUGCAGACGUGGUGCAAGGUUUCGUACGGUGUCUGCGGUCUCGACGACGCCUUCUUCGUCGCCCGAACCUGCCCCAGUGUCACCGCCUCCGUGCACGUCCUCGUCGUCUCGAUUGCGUCUUCCGAACGUCCGAAAUCUCCGCGCACAGUCGGAAACUGCCGAGUGCUAGUGAGUUUUCGAAAGGACAUGACUAGGGGGAGGAUUAAUUUGAGGAAAAAUUGUAUUCUAAAGGAGCAUGGAACGGAUUAGAAAUUAUUUUUGCGCUGAAGAUUCGACUUUGUGACAGCGAAAACCAAAGCAACAAAAAAUCGUCUAUUUGUGAGUGAAAGGUGAACGAUGUAGCAUACUUGCCCGUCUACCCGAUUUUUCAAACGCUGUUCUUUUCUUCAUAUAGAGACUAUAGUUUCGAAAAUUGACCGUUCGACCGACCGUUCGACCAAUAUUUUUUCAACAUGUCAUAAUAAAUGGUCAUUGGUCGAACGGUUGGAGUUUCAAAAUUUCAACAUGUCACUUCAGAGUGACAUGUUGGUUUUUGACUGUUCGAAAUGUCACUAUUAAAAUGGUCGGUCGGUUUCGUAAAUUUCAUAAAUUGGUCGGUCAAACGAACGGUCAGAAAAAUGACAUGUUAUAACCGUUCGAAAAACUGAACGGGAAAACCAGUUGAACGGUCUAAUUUUAGAACACUAAUAGAGACGCUUUACUAUUUAUAAAUAUUAUUAUUUGUAAUCCAAGAGUUUUUUUGGCGAAUCCUCAAACCAAACGAAUUCGGCUUCUUUGUUGAAAGGAACAGUUGAACAAGUUUCCCGUUUUUUUGAAAUUUUUUUGAGAAAAAUGACCUUAAUUGGACUAUUCAAAGAAGUUUCAUUUGUUCGAUUCAUCUGAAAAUAAAUUUCAAAAACUCGAGGAUCUAACCAAAAUGAUUUUUUUCCCAGCAAAUCUUCGGCCUGCUCCAUCACCCCCGAUGAAGAAAUGGGCCUGGUCAGUCUCGCCUGCGAAGAAGUCUUCGAAGAUGAUCUCAACGACGCUUCAUAA